ACCCCAGUCGCGACAGACGCCACUAGCGCACCUACGACUCAUCUCAAGCCUACGGACGCCGUCGUCGAUUAUCAUUUCAUUUAUUCUACCGUGCGACUAACCAGUCACCGCGUGCUUCAUCGUCGUAAGACUUGUUCAGUUAUAAUUAUUUGAUAUAAUUGUCUUUUGUUUUAGUUUUUUCGCCGCACAAGUGCAACCGCUAUCACCCGUACUGCGGAGAUAGCGUUCUUGCCUUUUUUGAGCAAAUCUUGUUCCAAACCGUUCUCGCUUGAAACCUGUGCAAUAAACUGCUUGGUCGUUGUAGCGCCAUUACCAGCACCUUCGCAUCCAUCAUAUUAUAGCACGUCAUAACGGAUACCUUCCUCUUCCGUGUCAAUUUGGCUUCCUGAACAGGAUUCAACGGUAAGUGAAAACUCAUUUAACACGAUAAUACCCUCAUUGUUUGCGUAAUAGUUCCCAGUCGUACACGACGAAAACGUGGUUUGCACCGUAUGACGGGUGGGGGGGGGGAAGAAACCGGUCGUUACAUACCGUCACGCACGAUUACAUGGCACACACCUUGCGCGAUGCAGGUGUGUCCCUCCUACGUGGCUUCCCUCCUACCAUGAUUAGGUAGGAGGGAAGCCGUAAAAUGUCGGAAUGUGUGCUCGGAUUGUAUAAUUCCGGAAUAAAAAUGCAUUUACACGGAAUGUAGAACUGCGGAAAAAGACAAUUUGUGAAACGUAUUUGUACGGAUUGUUCGUUCCCGGACUGUAUGUUUUCGGGGAAAAAAAUUGCAGUCAUGGACCGUAUAAUUCCGGAAAACACGUUUUUCCGAUCCGUAAUUAAGAACUGGAUUUCGUGGAAAAAAUUCAGGUAGUUACGCGUACCGUUGCUAGUCCCGAUCACUUAUUAUAAACCCUGUAUCUAUAAAACACCCAUUAUGUCGGAAAAUAUCAACUUAUUUCGUAUUUUCUUUUUUGACAACUUAUGGAAUCGGUAGCUCUAAGGAGUUGCAUUACCAUUAUUUUAGUUGCCCUUAUUCAAUGUUUUUGCGGUUGAAAUGAAUCCUUUUGGUUUUCAAACGAUCUCGUAAUUGCUUUAAAUAACAAAUGUAAAGGCUUAUUGGAGCUAGUUUUCUAAAUAUUCUCAUUCUAUCACCAAUCUACUAGCUGAUGUCCGUUUAAGAGAGGAGGGGGGGGGGCAGUGGCAUAACUAGGAAGAAAUAAACAUCGUUGUAAAACCGAAACAUUCCUCGCUCCGCUACGAAUCUAAAAGCGUGGUUAAGGUAGAAAUAUAUACGGGCGUUGUAAGGUCUGGUUAUACGCGCACGGUUGUGUACAUCCGAGAAUGCAAAAGUGGUUCAAACGUUUUCCAAGAUUCCGAGGUUACGCGGUUCGUGAUUAAUAAUUUAUUUUCUGACAAUGUACAAUGUACGGAGUAAUGUACGUUCCGUGUUUUCACAUGCGUCCAAGUAGGAACAUUGGAGCGCGGUACGGUCCCAUAGCCGCCGCGACCAGUACGCAAACAAUAAGCACCCCGUGCCCGCGUGAGAUAUAAAUAGAUCCGCCGCCGCCGCCGAUACGCAACUGUCACCGCCGCCGUCCCCCAUCGCUAUAGUCGUACGGAACAAAAACACACGCGCACCCCGCAACGACCGUAGCGAUAAACGACCUUUUAUUAUCGCCGAGCACACGCAUUCAACGACCCAUUGAUCCAUAUUCGCACGUAAACAAACGCCAGCUUGUUUAUCCAGAGCUAGGCACUUUGCGUCCGACGCCGAAACGGCCCGCGAACACCACGCCCCAUCACACGACGCAUGUGGUCGGAAGACGCCAUCGUCGGACAACGCCCGUUACCCACACCGCAUUCUGAUAGCGACGAUAACACGCAACCAAUACGACACCGCGGUACACAAACUAUGCCGCGACACGGCGGCCGGUCGGUCCAUUUCGGAAACGCGUCGAUUCCGCACCGCACACCGACACCAUCAUCACCUCCGCGCGCGCUACAACAGUCGACUUUAAUACCGUAUGAGGAUCCACGCACAGCGAGACACUCGCUGCCGGAAUUCUACGGUACAAGGUAUCGCCCGAGGGCCCGGUACGAUUUAUUAACAACUCCGAAUCGAUAUUGAGCCAAACGAAAAUAGGUAGGAAGGGGUGGAUGAAAACAGUCGAACCGCAGCUGAAAGGGGCUGUCAGUACCUGGUGGAAUACCACCAAAGUACUGGACUUGUCCUGGGACGAAUUCCGCGACGAAUUUUCAGAAAAAUUUGACAACGCGGAACUACAGUCACAACUGCGGGCCGUAAUAGUAUCUGUCCGACAAACACUCCGCACAGUCCCUUACGCAACAGUCCUUUCAUACUAUCGAAAAAUCAACUCGCGCGCCGUAAAACCACCUGGCCGGCCGAGCCCCGCGGCUAGCAAGCAUAAUGGCAGGACUGACGCGCGACGAGUUCCGCACCCACAUACGCCUCUAGCGCCCUACGGCGGACCGCCGGCGUCCUGGACCCCGCACCGGGCAAAUCACCGCCACCCCCCCUCUCACCCGAAAACGGACCCGGAAAAAAUCGCGUGACUGCGCAAACCGCGCGCGCCAACCAAACCUGUUACACGCGUAGAGCAGGGGGAAAAAAAUGCACCUAACUCGUGUAGGCACUGCGGUGGCCCGCACUGGAACAGCGGCUGCCCGCACCGCCCGUCCGUUCCGGGAAACGACCAUUGUGACGGCGGACACUAGUCCGACCCACCGCCUCAUCCGCACGCACACAACCACCCCUAACACGUUUAAUGUUUGGCAAUCACAACGGGGGAUAAACUAUCAAACGCGCAACAACAAAAUCCGCGUCAUCAGAUAUAUUGCCCGUCACAAAAAAAAUUACGAGAAGUAGUAGGUCUUCAUCACCACUCACCACGACUUCUACUUCGAAAUUUUAGCCAGUAUCCGUGGAUAAUACGCAUAGCACAGCGACAAUCGAAAAGAACGCCCUGGUAAUGGCGGUUCAACUCACUCUCAAAGUCACCGACUUCGCGGUUAAGACCCGCCCCUCGGUACUCGUCCUUGGCAGAGAGGGCAAACGGCCGGGGAAUUGGGAACUGUCUCAGACAGUGGGCACUCCGGUCGAUCAAAUAAACAGGGACAGGACAGCGCGCGAAAAUAGCGUCCUGGACAUACCACCCAUUACAGGUGACCAGACGCCCUCCAAAUAUACAACAGGGGACGUAGUGUAUUAUAAGGCGCAUACAAAAUUGUACGCCAGAAUGGCGCCAAAUAAGUGGGGGACCGUCAAGCUGGAAAAACAAGUCGGUAAAGGUGUGUUCCUAACCGAUCAACAACUAGCACAAAAAAUGCAUGUUUCAUGCCUUGAACGAGCGUCAACCACACACAAAUAGAAUCGCUGCAAUCACCACCUUCCCUCCCUCUUUAAAUUAAAACAUGUAAUCACCCAUACCUUUUUCCAGAGUUAUUGUUAACCCGUUCAACAGCGAUGGACAACCAACAACAGUUUCCAACGAACCCUUCUACAGGGAUCCAAGGGAUAUCCAAUUUUUUUGAGCAGGAAGGGAUGUUCCAGACAGAAGCGGAUAUGAUGGAAAAUGCAACGGCUGCACGGGUAAAGCAGCUGUCGAUCCAACAACUACGCCGUGAUCCCGUAUUAUGGUCAGCAUAUGUACGCGGAUGGGAAGAUUUCCGACGGACAGUACAAUUUCAAGCACCACCGAUGUCGGACAGACGAGGCGGACGGCCACCGACCGCACCGACUGGCCGCGGCCCCAGGCCCAGAGGGUCUAAUUUCACGGGCCAACCCCGACAAAUGGCGAACAAUCCGAUGACCAAUAUGGGACCACCCCAAACAACGGAAUGGCCGGGCAUGCAACAACCAAACGCCUGGUGUGAAACAUACAAACCAAGUCAGGGAAUACAACAAACGAAACUGUUCCUGCGGAAAACACCACCAACCGCAUCCGACCCCGCCAAUGCUGCAGCAAACGACUAAACAAUUAUUUAAUAUUUGUUUUUUUUUUGCCACACAAGUGCAACUGCUAUCAUUCAUAUUGUGCAGACAGCAGUUUUGCUUUUGUUGUGCAAAUUUUGUUCAAAAGCAUUCUCACUUAAAACCGGUGUAAUAAAGUGCUUGG